CUCAAUUGGCCAAAGAAUGUGCUUCCCCUCCCCAAGAACAGGCGUUUAAGCGCCGACAUGGACAACUUACAUGCAUUAUGUCGUCUGUUGGAAACACAGAAGUUGAUCAGUCGACGAGUCAAAUGGCGCCCAGCUCUGAAAUGAGGGUUGGACUCUGAAGGGGAGGGUACAAAAGCUGAACGAGGCCGCACUUUUUCUUUCUGUCACGAAUCACUUGAUUAAUUUCCCUACAGGUCUUUGAUCUUGCUCUGUAAGGUGAGCUCCCAGAGGAGAGGAACCUUUAAUAUGGCUGCGCGACCAGGAGAGGAGAAUGUUGCGACACUCUUCGCAGACAUUCACUACUUCUAUGGCCCCGAUACUGUGAAGCCCAGACAUCACAGGUUCGAUAAGGGGUCGUAUGUCUAUCUUUUUGAGAACGCCAACGAGCGCCGGUGUCGCAUUGAAAUUGCCAACCAGCCUGGCACUGAGGAUCAGGAUGCUUUCGAAGGAUACCUCGAUCAGACACACGUCCGAUACUCCUACAAGCAACAAUGCAACGUCACUCUGACCGGACCUGAAGCUGUCGCGGACCAAAACGAAUGGCACCUACCAACUUUUGAUCCUCAGAAUCAAAACAAGUACCACUAUAAGCUUCACUCACUUGACAUCUACUUCUGGACCCAGGCAGAUGCGCUCCAGUUUGUCAAUGGCGUAAGAAGAGUUGCUCCGCCUUCACAUGUUGAAGUCCUGGAUGAGCCUGGCCCUCCCCCUCAACCUGCGCCUAUGAGCUCUGUGGUUCAACAGCUGGAGAACGUUGCCAUCUCAGAUCCUCAAUAUGGUUCAGCCAACGCUCCGAGCUUUGCGCCUCCUCCCAACGUCCCCGCCCCGCCUCCGGCCCCGCCCUCCGAGGCACCGGCCAACUUUGCUCCGAUGGCUUAUAACCCGGCCGCUCCAGCAGCUCCGGAGACGAUCCAGCACCGAGAAAAGACACCGCCUCCGGAUGAGGAUCCCCUCAACCCGCUGGCUGUUGCUGUUGCGUAUGACUACCACAAGCAGCCUUUCACACCAGGUAUGCCUCCGCCAUCGCAAUUUCCUCCGGGAGGUGUGACAAGCCCUGGACUACCUCCACCUCAAUUUGGUCAGCAUCCUGGAUUGCAAAGAGCUGCUACAAUGCCUGCUCAAGCAUUGGGAAGUCCAUAUGGCGCAACGUUCCCAGGCUCACCUGGAUUUGUAUCUCCCCCGCCUCCUCCACAAACUCAACCUCCGGCCCAGACUCAACCCCACUCGCAACCAACACCGCCAGCUUCCAACCCGGGACUUCCUCCACCACCUCCUGGAGGCUUUACGCAGUACAACUAUACACACCAAGAGCAGCAGGCGCCAACUCAGCCAGGUGCAGAAUAUUCAGUCCAUCAGCAAGUUUACCGUCCAACGCAGACAGAAUUGGCCAAUUCCGAGAUCUACUCAUUUACGCCUAAGACGAAGGAGCCACGAGGUAAACUUGAAGAGAAUGCGGGACGAUUGGAGCGUGGCGUAACGGGCAUGCUGAAGAAGUUUGAGAAGAAGUUUGGAUAAAUAGCAUGUGACUUAUGCAAACUUGGUUGGAGCGGGAGUUCAAGGUUGUUUUAUUCUCACAUGUUAAUUUUAUAUAGCAUCACCAUUCAUUUUAAUCUGCUCAUCAAGAGGACCAAGCCUUUACCUUUAAGUAGCAGCUGUCUUUUACUGCCUUAAUGACUGAUAGCCAUCCUGCUAUAGAGGUCUCACUGUUUAAAAUACUGCUAGAUAAAGUUGAAAGCUCG